CCGCCGCCGUGAAGCCGUCGCCUUGCCCGGCCCCCCGGCCCGGCCAUGCUCUUCUCCCCGCCGACGGCUCCGCUCCGCCUCGCCCUCGUCCUGCUGGCAGCGGUGGGGAGGACCGUGCCCACGGGGCCGAGCUCAGAUGGGUCCCUUUCUGGGGUUAUGCAGAAGUGGAAGGAGUAUCAGCUCCAAUGCCUGAAAUACUUAUAUGAGGCACCCCCCAUUGUGGCAGAAGGCAAGUUCUGCAACCGAACAUUUGACAAUUAUGCCUGCUGGCCUGAUGGACUGCCUGGCACCUACGUGAACGUGAGCUGCCCCUGGUACCUCCCCUGGGCUAACACAGUGCUGCAUGGGCAGGUUUACCGCUUCUGCACCCCGGAAGGCACGUGGCUGCUGAAGGAGAACUCGACCCUGCCGUGGAGGAACCUGUCCGAGUGCGAGCCGUCUGACGGGGAUGCACCAGAAGAACAGCUUCUGAAUUUGUCCAUCAUAUACACCAUUGGAUAUGCUCUUUCCUUCUCUGCCCUUGUAAUAGCAACUGCCAUUCUUCUUGGAUUCAGACAUCUGCAUUGCACCAGGAAUUAUAUUCACUUGAACCUUUUCACCUCUUUUAUCCUCCGUGCCAUAUCCGUCUUCAUUAAGGACUCCGUGGUGAAAUGGAUGUACAGCACAGCUACACAAGAGCACCAGUGGGAAGGACUUAUCUCCUUCCAGGAAUCACUCAGCUGCCGUUUGGUCUUCGUGAUGAUGCAGUAUUGUGUGGCUGCAAACUACUACUGGCUGCUGGUGGAAGGCAUGUACCUGUACACCCUGCUGGUACUUUCAGUCUUUUCUGAGCAGAGAAUUUUUCGGCUUUACCUUUGCAUUGGCUGGGGUGUGCCAAUGCUGUUUGUUAUCCUCUGGGGAAUUGUCAAGUACCUUUAUGAAGAUGAGGGUUGCUGGACCAGAAACUAUAAUAUGAAUUACUGGUUGAUCAUCAGACUGCCUAUUCUAAUUGCCAUUGGGGUAAAUUUCCUGAUCUUCAUCAGAGUUAUAUGCAUCAUCAUCUCUAAACUACAGGCAAAUCUGAUGUGCAAAACUGACAUAAAAUGCAGGCUGGCCAAAUCUACACUGACUCUGAUACCACUGCUGGGGACCCAUGAGGUCAUCUUUGCCUUUAUUACUGAUGAGCAUGCCAGAGGGAUGCUGCGCUUUGUGAAGCUUUUUACUGAACUCUCCUUUGCUUCUUUCCAGGGGCUGAUGGUUGCAAUUCUCUACUGUUUCAUCAAUAAUGAGGUUCAGAUGGAGUUUCGGAAAAGCUGGGAGCGCUGGAGAUUGGAACAUCUGUAUGUCCAGAGGGACAACAGUAUGAAACCACUGAAGUGUCCAGCUAACAGCAUCAGUAGUGGAGGCACGGUAGGCAGUAGUGUCUACGCUGCCACUUGCCAGGCCACAUUCAGCUAAGAUUUCUACAGAAUCAGAUUGUGAAAAAAUGAACUGUACAAUAUGCCUGAAAACCCUGAAUACCCAAGGAAGUGGCGUAAGUAGAACACCUCCAGCAAGAAACUUAAGCGUACGCUGCUCGUUGCCUGCAGGCUGUUGGACAAAGGUUUCUAGAGAAAGCAGUCAGGCUGUUGGACAAAGGUUUCUAGGGAAAGCAAUCUGCUAAUCUAAUGAACACAUCUGAGGAAAAAUUGAUCAUGUCUAAAGUCAGUUAAGAGUUUCCUCCUAUUUGUACACAAGGCCUCCAGGUGUCCAAAACUUAAGCAUAGCAUUGAUCCAGUCUGAAACCACAGGGUCAAUGGCUUAUUACUGUGAGUGGGCGAGCUGACUGAUUGACUGAUUAAAUUACGAAGAUACAGAAUAUGAUUAUUGGCAAAAAAUACAUUUAGGCUUUUAAGGGUAUAGGGCAAGGUGCUAUCACCAGUUUGAGAAAGAAUAACUUAGCGGAACACAACGUGGUUUCGGAAAGAAUCAGUUUUGUAGUAAGAGCUUCCCAAAGUUUCAAGUUCAAAGUAUGCUAAUCUGUUUUCUGGGUAGGUGAAGAACAGCAUCCUGAAGAGCUACAACUGCAGCAGGUAGUGUGGUGCACAUUCCUGAAUGCUCUUUUUAAGCUUCAUUCGAAAAAAAAACCCCACAUCAAAACUACUGCCUAAUAGGGCCCUCAUCUGUUAUUAAUAAAGUACAUGUCAUCUCUUACUGACGCUGAUGGAAGUAUCCCCUGCCUGCACAGCCCUUUAGCUUUUACAUUGUACUCUUCAGCUCCAGCUGGCACACAGAUGUAAACAGGGACAGGAUAAUGACUUGUGCUUCAGAACAACAUUGUCCUUCAAAGCUACACUCUGCUUCUUGUGGAUGCAAGCAAUGCAGAAACUAACUUGUGGCCACAAUGUCUCUUACCAGACCGAUUUGGAAAAGAUAGCAUUAAGUGUCUCACAGUGUGUGCUCACUUCUAUUUCUUCUCUAGCCUGGCCUGUUUUCUCCAGGCAUGAGAUACCUGCAAGAUGGUUUACUCAUAGUUGCAGGACUGAAGAUGUUCACCAGAUGAGUUUAAUGGUGCCCUUUCAGCACAGAGUACAGUUUGCGAGCUCCCAGACCCUUUGGGCAAGGCUGCCUUCCACCUCCUCACCUGGCAAUCAGAUGGAUUAAAAAAAAAAAAAAAAAAAAAAAAA